AUGUUUAACACCAUCAAAGGAUAUAUAAUUGGUGAUAUAACUAGUUUUUAUAAAGAAAUAUUUCUUAACAUUCCGAAUCUAGAUAAAAAUUUAAAAGAAAAUCAAUUAAUUGAUCUUCCUUAUAGUAAUAAAACAUUUGAAAAUAUUAAAUCAGGACAUGUUAACGUAAAUAGAUCUUCAAUUAAUUAUUCAUCAAGUAAAAUUCAAACAAAUCCAACAUCGAAUAUUUUAUCAUCAUCGAUUCAAGUAGGUGCAAAUGAUACAGUACGAACGACUCGAAUUCGAAUUAAAGAUGAAAUGAAAAAAAUCUUUUUUUUUGGUCAAUUAACAAAUAAUUCUAUUAAACGAAUAUUUUCCGAUGAUUCAAAUUCAAAUUGUUUAACAAAAAAAGUUUUACAAAUUGAAAAAGAUCGACAAAAAAUUGAAGAAUAUUGA